AAAUCAACAUUAAUCACCAAAGCCGGUUUCAGCAUACGCAUCUCUCUAUAUAUAUAUAUUUUAGAAAUAAGUAAAAUAAUAGUUAAAUUAAUAUUUUAUUUAUUCUAUUUUGUUAUUUCAAUCUAUCAGUGGAACACUAUGGUAAGAGGUGGUCGCGGUGGAAUGCUCAGAGGUGGAAGAGGUGGGAUGGGUCGCGGCAUGGGAUUUCCUAGGAAACAAUUUCUACCACGGCAUCCAUUUGAUUAUACAUUGUGCGAAGUAGCAUUUCCUCGUGUCAAAGCUGCCCCAGAUGAAUCCGAUCUUCAAUCUGCUCUUGUUAAAAAGAAUACAGACAUGUGUCCAACUCAAAAGGAACAAACUUCUAUUUUAAAUUUGGUUACAAAAUUGCAAAGUGUUUUGGACAAUUUAAUUGUUGCUCCUGGAACUUUUGAAGCAUGUCAAUUAGAAGAAGUGAGACAAGUUGGUAGUUUUAAAAAAGGAACAAUGAUAAAAGGACACAAUAUUGCUGACAUUGUUGUAAUUUUAAAAACACUUCCAACUAAGACAGCAGUGGAAGCAUUGGGAACAAAAGUCAAUACCGAUCUUAAGACCGGAAAUCCCAAAGAAGUGUUCAGACUUGUACAGACGGAACGUGGAUUUGAUAUUUCAAAUAAUGAAGCUACCGUAAGAGUAUUAAUUACAACCUUACACCAAAAUUUACGUAAAUUGGAAUCAGAUCAACAUUUAGAUGUACAAAUCUGUCAAGGACACUUAGCAGCAAUUCGACACUCUCGUUGGUUCGAGGAGAACGCUCAUCAUUCCAGUAUUAAAGUUCUAAUUAGAUUAUUGCGUGAUCUCAGAAGUAGGUUUGAAGGAUUAGAACCAUUGUCACCAUGGAUGUUGGAUUUACUUGCACAUAAUGCGAUAAUGAAUAAUCCAAGUAGACAGGCAUUGCCAAUAAAUCAAGCUUAUAAGAGAGUUCUUCAAUUAUUAUCUUCAGGAUUAUUUCUUCCAGGGUCAGCUGGUAUUUCAGAUCCUUGCGAGGGUGGCAAUAUUCGUGUCCACACGGCGAUGACCUUGGAACAGCAGGAUUUAGUAUGUUUGACUGCUCAAACCCUAUUACGUGUUUUAGCUCAUGGUGGUUAUAGACCACUUCUGGAGGGCACUAAUAAACUAGCCAUUGAAAUGAGUGUAUGGUCAGGUGGUGUUGUUGCUAGUCCUUUAGAGAAAGCUUACGAACCUCCUACGGAACAAGAACAACAAGAAGAUAUGGAAGAAAGUAACGAAGAGAUGAUUACAGAAAAUGCGUAAUUUUUCAAUUAUUGAUUAGAAUUUUCUUUCCAAAAUUUAUUAUUAUUAUAUAUUCUUCUUGUAAAAAAUCACUAAUCUUUGUCAUCAAUCUGUGUUUAUUAAUAUAACGUAUUAUACAUUUAUCAAAAGUAA